CCAGACACGAAGCACGCGGGUCUCGGGAGCCGACUGAGCAGUCGCAGGUAGGAAGAUGAAUGCUCUGUGGACUGUGCUGGUGGUCACGUUGCUGGCAGGAUGCCAGGCCGACGUGGAGCCGCAGCUGGAGCCCGAGGUGCAGGAGCAGGCCGGGUGGCAGACUGGGCAGGCCUGGGAGCUGGCGCUGGGUCGCUUGUGGGAUUACCUGCUCUGGGUGCAGACACUGUCUGACCAGGUGCAAGAGGAACUGCUGAGUUCCCAGAUCUCCCAGGAGCUAACGAACCUGAUGGACGAGACCAUGAAGGAGGUGAAGGCCUACAAGUCAGAGCUGGAGGCGCAGCUCAGCCCGAUGGCGGAGGAGACGCAGGCCCGGCUGCACAAGGAGCUGCAGGCGGCGCAGGCGCGGCUCGGGGCGGACAUGGAGGACGUGCGCAGCCGCCUGGCGCAGUACCGCGGCGAGGUGCAGGCCAUGCUGGGCCACAGCACUGAGGAGCUGCGCGCGCGCCUGGCCUCGCACCUGCGCAAGCUGCGCAAGCGGCUGCUGCGCGACGCCGAGGACCUGCAGAAGCGCCUGGCCGUGUAGGCCGGGGCCCGCGAGGGCGCCGAGCGCGGCGUGAGCGCCAUCCGCGAGCGCCUGGGGCCGCUGCUGGAGCAGGGUCGCCUGCGGGCCGCCACCGUGGGCAGCCUGGCCGGCCAGCCGCUGCGGGAGCGCGCCCAGUCCCUGGGCACGCGGCUGCGCGGGCGGCUGGAGGAGGUGGGCAUGCAGGCCCGUGAUCGCCUGGACGAGGUGCGGGAGCAGAUGGAGGAGGUGCGCGCCAAGGUGGAGCAGCAGGCCGAGGUCUUCCAGGCCCGCCUCAAGAGCUGGUUCGAGCCCCUGGUGGAAGACAUGCAGCGCCAGUGGGCGGGGCUCGUGGAGAAAGUGCAGGCCACCAUGGGUGUCAGCGCCACCCCCGUGCCCAGUGACAAUCACUGAUCGGCCCUCCACUCGCCGUGCAGGGUUCCUCCCCCCCCCACACACACACAGCCGGAUGCCCUGGCCCCGUGUUCCCCCGCUACCUGGUGGCCUUCCCAACCUGGUGGCUCGCCCAGG